AUUGGAUUCCAUAGAGACGGGCAAACAUAUUUUUUGGUGUUGCCAGAUAGCUAACAAGCUAUACCUCAUAGAAGAAGCUAACCAAUCUAACAUCCAAGAUAAGGCUCCAGAAGACUUCCUUGGGUGAUUGAGUGCCACAACACGAACAAACUAUGUCCUUUAGAGACUUACGAAAUUUCACAGAAAUGAUGCGGGCUCUGGGCUAUCCUCGCUUGAUAUCCAUGGAGAACUUCAGGACCCCCAACUUUACCCUGGUGGCAGAAAUUCUCAUUUGGCUUGUGAAAAGAUAUGAACCGCAAAUGGACAUACCGAGUGACGUGGACACGGAGACAGACAGGAUUUUCUUCAUAAAGGCAGUGGCCCAAUUUAUGGCAACAAAGGCUCACAUCAAGGUGAACACAAAGCGUCUGUACCAGGCUGAUGGCUACGCUGUGAAAGAGAUGUUGAAGAUCACCUCAGUGCUGUACAGUGCCAUGAAGACCAAGGAGAUGGCCUCAGGGGACAAAGUGGAGGAGGACAAUAGCAAAUUCAAGUUUGACUUGGGUUCCAGGAUUGCAGACCUGAAGGCAGCGAGGCAGCUGGCCUCGGAGAUCACGUCUAAAGGAGCGUCGCUUUACGACCUGCUGGGGAAGGAGGUGGACCUGAGGGAGAUGAGAACUGCUGCCAUCUCCAGACCCUUGGAGAUCAACGAGACAGAGAAGGCCCUCAGAGCAGCCAUCAAGGAAGUUUUGGAAAGUGUGGAUAAAACCAAAGACAUGCUGAACAACGUGUCCUCAGAUGAGACCAGCCUGGAGUCCAAAAUGGAGAAGAAGAAACAGGAGCUGGAGAGGAAUCAGAAGAGACUCCAGACUCUACAGAGUGUACGGCCAGCAUUCAUGGAUGAGUAUGAAAAGAUUGAGGAGGACCUGCAGAAGCAGUACGAGACCUACGUGGAGAAGUUCCGUAACCUGAGCUUCCUGGAGCAGCAGCUGGAGGACUACCAUAGACUGGAGCAGGAGAGGUUUGAAGAGACUGAGAACACCCUUAGGAUGAUGCAGCACAAACUGCGGGAGGAGGAGAGGAGGCUGAUGAGGAGUGGAGGUGACACGCGUUCAGUAACACACACCUCCAAAGACGAGGACUCCGAUAUGGACAUCCCUGAGGACGAGGGUUCAGACAGUGAUAUGGAGGAUCGCAGACCCUCUAAGCCCCGUCCCACCAGAAACGGCCCUAUGACAGGGAGAGGCGGAGCGCGGCUCGUCGGCAACAUGCAGGGUGGAGACAGCGAGGAGACAGAGGACAGUGAAAUAGACGUGGACGAGGAUGAUGAUGAGGAAGGUGAGGAGGAGAAUGAGGACCUGGAGGACGAUAACGACAGUCUAGAAGUCCCGGCGCCCAAGCCAUCCCGGGCCUCCAGGGGGCCCUUGAGGCCCCAGCUAUUAGAGGAGAGCGAUAACGACUUUUAAGCUGACACACACACACACACACACACACACAUCCACCCACACUGUAUCACAGCUCGUGAGCACUGAGGACAAACAAAACACUUUAUUCCAUAUAACCUAAUAAUGUAAUCAUAUAAUAAACACUGUCCAAUCUGA